GGAUUUCCCGACUGGCUCGGCGGUCUCGCACGUCGCCGACGUCGAGGCCGCCCUUCUGGCGGAUUCCGCUGCCCGCGCCGCCGUGCACGCGGAGAGCGAGGGCCACGUGCAGCCUAGCGGGUACGUGGACACGCUGCGGCGCGAUGCCGACCUCUUCUGGCCGCUUCGGCCCCCGGGACGCUGGGACGACGGCGGAGUGGUGAAGAGCGGCACCGAGGAGGUCGGCACGGGACGCACGCCGCUGAGGUCGUCUGUUGAGCCUUUCCUGCUGUCGGGCAGCGGCAGCCAGCGACGGAGCGACGUAGGCGCGUCUUGCGAUGGCUCAGACGUCGACGACGUUACCCUGGACGGCGAGGCCGACGCGGACACCUCGUGCUCGGACCACACAAGCGACGGCGGGAGCGAGGGCGGCGGCGACGGGGACGACGGCGGCGCCUUCGGGGACCAUGCCGUGCCCGCGGCUGGCGAGUCCUCGCCGCUGCUGUUGUCCGUCAGUGGCCGUCUGGGCGAGGCCGUCAGCCACAACGACAGCGACGACGACAGCGUAGGCGGCCAGGGGCAGGAGCAUGCCGACGGCGAUGCUGCUACUGCCUGCUCCGCCACCGCUGCGUCGGCGCUCAGUGGAGCGAUCGCGACCUACCUCGGCGUGAACGAAGCCGCACUCCUCCGUGGAGACGGAGACGGCGGUCGAACUGCCGCGGGAUUCGCUGAGCUGGCCGUGCCGACCGAGGACGCUGAGGGCGAAGUGCGGCGAUGGCUCGCCGACUGGUCAAAGGUGGCUCACAUUUGCUCCCUGCAGGAGCAGCUGGGGGCUGCUAAGAAGGAAGUGCAGCUCCUGCGCUGGAAGGCAGGGUGGCUGGAGAUUGACUCCGUCGGGGUGAG